AUGGGUGCCCAGUCCUUCAAGCGCUACGUCGAGACCGGCCGUGUCGUCCUCAUCAACGACGGCCCCAACCAGGGCAAGCUCGCCGUUGUUGCCGAGAUCAUCGACCACAACCGGGCCAUCAUCGACGGUCCCCAGACCGGCGUUGAGCGCCAGGCUUUCCCCUACAAGCACCUCACCCUGACGCCCCUGGUUGUCAAGGGCCUCCCCCGUGGUGCCGGCUCCGCUGCCGUCAAGAAGUACUUUGAGAAGGAGAACAUUCUUGAGCGAUGGGCCAGCUCGGCCUGGGCCAAGAAGCUCGCCGCCGUCAAGACCCGCCGCGCCGGCAGCGACUUUGACCGCUUCCAGGUUGCGCAGCUCAAGAAGCAGCGCCGCCACAUCCUCGUCGCCAAGAAGGCCUCGGCCUAA